CGAUUUAGGGCAAGCUUUUCUUAAAUGACUGUACAUAACACGCUUGGAUUAGAACUUUGAUUUGAUAGAUGUAGAAAAUCGUUUGUUUAAAAUAUAUUUAAAGUACUUCUAUCUAUCUACUUCAUCACACAAACCUUUUUCCUUACAAACCAUUUAUCAUUAUAUCCACCCUAAAUCUCUUCUACCAAUCGAUCAAUCAAUCCAAUCAAUUCGCAAUAUCUUUCUUUGUUCAAACAUCUCCUCAGACUUUUCUUUCUUACCUACAAAUCCUUCUUAAUCAUGAAGCUUACAUCAGUUUUAGUCCUUUCAGCAAUCCUUUUCAUUUCUAGUACCCAAGCUACUAAAAACAUCACAUAUUCAAGCUUGUCAGAUUUCUUUAAAAGAUCUGAACACUCAGGAGAAGAAUGGGUUGAUGUCACAACUGGUUUGAUGAUGAAAGGACCUGAUGAGUCAUCCAACAAAUUAAUUCAACGUGAUCAGGCUUUUCAACGUGAUACAUCUCAUAUCUUAGUCGAAAGAAAUCCUGAAAGUGGUAGUCUCUUGUUACCUAAGAAUUGGAAUGAAGUCAAGGGUUUAAUGCGUCGACAUCUUAGCUCUUAUGUUUCGGCUCACAAGAAGGCAAAACAUCAUGUAUCUAACGCUAUGAGUGUAGUUAUUACUUGGUAUUCUGGUCACGAUUUACUCUACCCUUCAUGUCUUUCUUCAUCAGAUUGGGCUCCUACAGAUGACUCCAUGGUCGGAGCAGUAACAAUCGCAUGGUCAGACAAACCACCCUGUGGUCAAUUUGUUAAAAUCAGACACGCCUCAGAUACAUCCAAAACAAUCACAGUUAGAAUCAUGGACUCCUGUGGUGGUUGUGCUUCCGGUGUACCUCAUAUUGAUUUAACUAAAUCAGCUUUCACUGGUUUAUAUGAAUUAGAUGUUGGUUCGAUUUCUGGACUUCAAGCUACAAUGGUUGACGCUCCUGUUGAUUAUACUUGGACUGAUGAUGAUGUUGCUAAAUACGGUCCUCAUAAACUUUGAUUUAUCAUUCUUUUUCACAUUCUGUGACCUUCACAAGAACUUUAUUUCUCUCUAUCUCUUUAUCUUAUUUUUUUUAUAACGAAGUGAAAUGAAAUGAAAUGUUUCUUUUCUUAUGUAGCACGUUUUCCUUAACUUUUCACUCUAAAUUUCUAUUUCAUACUUUUCCCUUUUGAUUAUUUCUCGUUGAUUAGUUUUUUUCCAAAUGAUCCUUUUUGGACCUCACCUUGUCAUCUUGUUUUUUGCAUCUCAAUUAUUUAUUUUAAAUUGUUGACUUUAUUCAUAUCUUUCAAUGAAUUUAUACAAGUAUUGAUUCUUUCCUCUAACUUAUGAUUUGAAAUUUUAAUUUAGAAGUUUGGCUGCAUCUAUAAUCCAAAGUAAGUAGAAAUCGGAGAGAACU